CGCACUUCCUCCCGGCGUUCCCCGCGACGGGAAGGAUCCGAGAGGGCUCGAGGUCGACGCUACCAGGUUUCGUCGUCGCCGCCGUCGCUGCCGCUGUCGCCGUCGCUGCCGUGUUGAGAGCACCCGUCGCGGCCGUCCCAGCCGCCUUCGCCGGCCACCAUGUCCGCCCAGGCACAGAUGCGGGCCUUGCUGGAUCAGCUAAUGGGCACGGCCCGGGACGGUUCAGUGUAUCUUUGCCUGCCUACAUCAAUCUGCAAGGGAGUUGCAGAAAAGCCUCAUGUUCAUCGAGCCGUGAGUCACAACCAAUUUCUAAGCUGUUAUAACAAAAAAGUGUUUGCUUUUUUUCACAAGUAACUUUAAAAGUGUAGUUUAGAAAGAAAACAUUUUCAAUAAAAAGACACUACAUUUAUCCUGGAUGCUUGCAAAUCCUGAAAUAUAUUCCUCCUUUACUAUUUACACAGCUCUGUGUCAUAUACACAGAUUAGCUUUAAAAUUUGUCACAUUCCACUUUGCCUUUACUUUUAUGUAUCAUUCCCCUGACUUCCUUACUGCAGGUUGGGCAAGAAAACUUUUCCUUUAAAACUUUUCAACAGCGGGCAUAAAAUUCUGCAGCUGAGGUCUUGAAGAAUGCAGAUGGGUACAGUAUGUGUUGGAACUCACAGUGUGUAUUGACUAACCUGGUUCCUUUUUGCCUUUUUUUUUUUUUUUUUUUUGGUAUUGUUGUGUUAAAAGUGACUCCCAGGUGCCAACUCUCUUUUUUAAGGGUGGGGGUGAAAGGGGAAUAGGAGGACUAGGUCUAGAUUAUUUAUCAGUCAGCAGUAGAGUUUGAAAGCUUUUUUCAUGUAAUUUUGGUCAAAAUACUGCCUACACAUUUGUCCACAGCAAAAUAAGAUUAAUAAGUAGCUUUUGUUGGUGGAAACUACCAGCUAUAGGUCAUACAUGGUGAUUCAUGGCCCUCUGAUUAGCAUGGGUUUUGGUAUCUCAUUGCCCACAUGUAUGUGUGGGGCUAAUGUCCUUUUGGUGCUCAGCCUUUUACUUCUGACUCCUUGACUUCUUUGGCACAACGAUGGAGUCAUAGCUCAUUAGUGUGAUUCUUCAUGAUAUAUUUAGCAUCAAAAACAUCUGUCUGGAUUCUGCUCCAGUUGUAAUUAUCUCUAGAUCAGCUUUUCAGUGUAUUUGGUAGUCUGCAGAUCAUCCAGGUGAAUUGUUUUACCAGAUAUGCUUCUGUGUUUAACGUGAUAAUAUUGUCUUAUUUAAAACCGCAAAUGAAUUUCAGGAGAUGAAACCAGACAGAGGGUGAAGUUUACAGAUGACCGUGUCUGCAAGAGUCACCUUCUAGACUGCUGCCCCCAUGACAUCCUGGCUGGGACGCGCAUGGAUUUAGGAGAAUGUACCAAAAUCCACGACUUGGCCCUCCGAGCAGAUUAUGAGAUUGCAAGUAAAGAAAGGGACCUGUUUUUUGAAUUGGAUGCAAUGGAUCACUUGGAGUCCUUCAUUGCUGAAUGUGAUCGGAGAACUGAGCUUGCCAAGAAGCGGCUGGCAGAGACACAGGAGGAGAUCAGCGCAGAAGUUUCUGCAAAGGCAGAAAAAGUACAUGAGUUGAAUGAAGAAAUAGGAAAACUUCUUGCUAAAGCUGAGCAGCUGGGAGCUGAAGGAAAUGUGGAUGAAUCCCAGAAGAUUCUUAUGGAAGUGGAGAAAGUCCGUGCAAAGAAAAAAGAAGCUGAGGAAGAAUACAGAAAUUCCAUGCCUGCAUCCAGUUUUCAACAGCAGAAAUUGCGUGUCUGUGAAGUCUGCUCUGCUUACCUUGGCCUCCAUGACAAUGACCGUCGCCUUGCAGACCACUUUGGGGGCAAAUUGCACUUGGGGUUCAUUCAGAUCCGUGAGAAACUGGAUCAGUUGAGGAAAACUGUGGCUGAAAAGCAGGAGAAGAGAAAUCAGGAUCGCUUGAGGAGGAGAGAAGAGAGGGAGCGGGAGGAGCGGCUGAGCAGGAGGUCUGGCUCAAGAACCAGAGAGCGCAGGAGGUCACGUUCCCGGGACCGGCGUCGGAGGCGGUCAAGAUCUACCUCCAGAGAGCGACGAAAGUCUUCCCGGUCCCGGUCCCGUGACAGACACCGGCGCCACCGCAGUCGUUCCCGGAGCCACAGCCGGGGCCACCGCCGGGCUUCCAGGGACCGGAGUGCGAAAUACAAGUAACUACUCUGACUCCUUCAGUAGCUGCAACCAGGAGUUCUCCAGAGAGCGGGCGUCGAGGGAGGAGUCCUGGGAGCGCGGGCGGAGCGAGCGGGGGGCCACCGACUGGAGGCUCGAGAGCUCCAACGGGAAGACGGCUUCGCGGAGGUCGGAGGAGAAGGAGGCUGGCGAGAUCUGAACCCAUGCCCAGGCACUGUAAAUAGUCUGAUAAACGUUCAACAUGCCUGAGGUUACUCUUUAUAUUUGCUGAAUACAACUCAUCUUUUGUAGUUUAAAAUUUCUAUUGUUUCAGAGCUAGCUGUGAGUUUCUAGAGAUGUACAGUUGCUCCUGUGUUCUGGGGUUAUGUCGAGUAGGAAUAAAUAAAUCUGACAAGACUGCCUCCUGACGACUGCA